AAGUAGCAGUUUGGUCAAUCCCCCCUCUCCCAUCAUGGAGUCUGUGGUGAGGGUGAAGAAGUCGCUGAGGAGGCCCAUCAGGAAGCUGACCAGCUGUGUGUCAGGGGUGAAGGAGAGGCAGUUGUGUGCCAAACCCAGGAACAAGAGAGGCAGAGGUGGGGGAGGAAGAGGAAGAGGAAGAGGAGGAUGCAACAGGCUGGGGAGGACCCCUCCUCUCCGAACUGCCCACCCCAAAGACCCGUCAGUCAUCUGCUCAUACCAGGCAGACCUGGAGAAGGAGAGGCAACUGCGGGAAGCGAUGAACGCUCAGAAGAACGCAGAGAGAGCAACUAUGAGAGCUCACUUCAGGAGAAAAUAUCAGCUGUCUGAGAGCUCCAAGGACACAAACCACCUGAGGUCUGCUGGAGGGAAAGUGUCGCUCCCCCAUGAGCUGUCGAGGAUCAUUCAUCGUGAAACCAAAACCAAGGACAAUGGCUUCAACCUGCUGAGUGCCUUCCAAGGCCUCAGCUUCGGCCCAGCGGCACUCACAGGGAGGAAACACAGCAAGACGUCCACUUAUACACCAGCGAGGGGGGACUCUUGUAAAGUCAUGUGA